AUAGGAGCUCCUGCUUAAGGUGGAAUAGCGGGCCGGAACAAGUAUUAACCGAUGCAUAUACUUCGACCUUCACGUCUUCUUCUUAGAUAGAUUGAUUGGUAAAGAAUAAUCGACAAAGCUUCCAUGCUGCACAUCGAUUACAAUCACCUUUUCCUUUACUGCUGUGAUCGUCCCUAUAGUGCUUAUUUCUCUGGUGGGCAGAGAAGUAUUAAAGAGCUGAGAUGUGCCAUCCAUACCUAGUUGGCAGAAUCUACUCAUCUUCUUCAUCAGCAUUUCUUCUCGCGUUCAGCUCCCGCUCACUGGUAGUCUUUAUUUGGUUUCCCUACACUAGAAUUGCGAAAUUUCUCCAACUUCAAUAUGUCAUACAAAGUUUACAAAGUGAAGUCCAAUCUCGCCAUGCAGGAUCCCGAUAUGCCACCUCGCCGGUAUCACACUGUCAUUUUCGUCGAGACAAACGCUCAAGGGCCUGGCAGCGGCAUCAAGCACCACGUCACUGGCGACAUCGUCAGCGGCAUGCACUAUGAGUCAAAGCCAUACCCCAAUCCUGACAGAUCGGAGAGUCUCUACUCCAAAGAGCUUAUCGGUUACACCGCGGCAUCGACGUAUCCUCACGCCUGGGACGAGAUUCUCAAAAAUGUCCCUCCUCCUCCAAAGCAGAAGGCGUUCAACUCUAAGACCAUGAGAACAGAGCCAGUCAAGUCUUGGAAUCCUCUGACAUUCUACGAGCCUGGGGAACCUCGGAAGCCGUUGAUGAAAUGCACUGAAUGGACGGAACAUAAGGCAAUUCCCGCUCUAAAGAACCAUGAUCUUAUUUCAAGCGGGAUACCCACUUCAUAGGGCAUUGGUACUGUCUUUCAUGAUUUCUGUAAUAUGCCGUUUUCAAGUCAGUAUGGAUUGAUGGAUUGGGAAUAUAUUUCUCUGAAGCAAUAUCUCAUCUGAUUCUGAGCAUCUACCUCGCGGACCG